AUGGACGUUGCUCUAUCAAUGUUGGAUAAGAUCUCACCGAUCUCAGACGAUAUUGUCAUAGUUGGAAGAUCAAAGCCUGAUGUCAGUGCAUCGUUUUUGAGCAUUGCGCCGGAAGCGAAGAAGAUGGGUUUAAUGGUGGUCAAUGAAACAAGACCAAAGGCUGAUGAAACUAAAGACAUUAACGAGACUGAUAAUGACAAAUCUGACGAAAUUGACGAAACUCAUGAUGCUGAUGUGACUAAUGAGACUGACAAAACUGAUGAAGCUAAUGAGACUAAUCGGACUGAAAAAGUUGACGAGAUUGACAAAUUUGACGAGGGUCAUGCGACUGAUAAGACCGAUAGGGCUGAUAAGGCCAACGAGAUGGGUCGGAAUGGUGAGACUCUUUAUAUUGUAGACACUGAGAAAACUAAUGAACCGACUGAUAAGGAUCGUGAGACUGAUGAGACUAAUAAGACUGUUGAGACUGAUGAGACGGAUAAGACUGAUGAGACUGAUAGGACUGAUGAGACUGAUGAGAAUAAUGUGACUUAUGAGAAUCAUGAGACUGAUGAUACUGAUGAUUAG